AUGGCCGGAAUCCGCUUGCAACCAGAGGACUCCGACGUCUCCCAACAGUCCCGCGCCGUGGCUCUCUCCGCCGCCGAUCUAGUCUCCGACGACGACCGCUCCGUCGCUGCUGACUCCUGGUCCAUCAAGAGCGAGUACGGCAGCACUCUCGACGAUGACCAGCGCCACGCCGACGCCGCCGAAGCUCUCUCCAACGCCAACCUUCGACCUAACUCCGAUUACAGUUCUGAUAAGGAUGAGCCCGAUUCUGAAGCAGUCUCAUCCAUGCUGGGAUUUCAGAGUUAUUGGGAUGCUGCAUAUGCUGACGAACUUACAAAUUUUCGUGAACAUGGUCAUGCUGGUGAAGUCUGGUUUGGAGUAGAUGUGAUGGAAGUUGUUGCAUCUUGGACAAAAGCCUUGUGUGUUGAAAUUUCUCAAGGUCGGAUUCCAAAUGAUGUGGAUACUGUUAAGGCUGAAUCUGGUGAACUAGAUGAUAAACUUUUGUCUAGUUGGAGCGUGUUAGAUAUUGGAACUGGCAAUGGUUUACUUCUUCAAGAAUUAGCUAAACAAGGGUUCUCUGUUUUAACUGGGACUGAUUAUAGUGAAAGGGCUGUCAGCCUUGCCCAAAGCCUUGCUAAUCGUGAUGGAUUUUCCAACAUCAAAUUUUUGGUUGAUGAUGUCCUUGAGACAAAGUUGGAACAAGAGUUUCAACUUGUCAUGGAUAAAGGAACGCUAGAUGCUAUUGGAUUGCAUCCUGAUGGUCCUGUCAAGAGGAUGAUGUAUUGGGAUUCUGUUUCGAGGUUGGUUGCCCCUGGUGGAAUACUUGUGAUCACAUCAUGUAACAGUACAAAGGAUGAGUUGGUACAAGAAGUGGAAAGUUUCAACCAACGAAAAAUUGGUACUGCUCAAGAACUUGUGACAGGCAAGGACGAGGAGUCGAGCAGAGGGCCCCCAUUUCAGUAUGUAAGUCAUGUCCGCACAUAUCCGACGUUCAUGUUUGGUGGAUCCGUGGGCUCCCGUGUUGCAACCGUCGCAUUCCUUCGGAAAUGA